AUGCGCUUCUCUUACACUGCUGCUGCUCUUGCUGUCCUGACCGGCCAGGUCGCUGCCCACGCCCGUGUCUACGGUGUCUGGGUUGACGGCAAGGAGGUCAAGGGCUCCGGUGACAAGGCCGGCAAGGACUCUUACAUCCGUAGCCCCCCCAGCAACAGCCCCGUCAAGGACAUCACCAAGUCCGACAUUGUCUGCAACACCGCCGGUGCCACCGCCAAGGACGAGUUCGCCACCAUCGCCGCCGGCAAGGACCUCGUCUUCGAGUGGUACCACGACAACCGCAACGACGACAUCAUCGACGGCUCCCACAAGGGUCCUCUCGUCACCUACAUUGCCCCCUACACUGAGGGUGAUGGCUCCGGCGCCAUCUGGACCAAGAUCGGUGAGGAGAAGUACGCCAACGGCAAGUGGCCCGUCGAUGUUCUCAAGACCACCGGCAAGUCCCAGGGUGUCACCAUCCCCUCCUCCCUGAAGGAGGGCAAGUACCUCGUCCGCCACGAGAUCAUCGCCCACCACGAGUCCGACACCACCUACGAUGUCAACCCUGCCCGCGGUGCCCAGUUCUACCCCUCUUGCAUCCAGAUCGAGGUCACCGGCGGUGGCUCCGACGUUCCCCCCCAGAACUUCGACUUCAUCGGUGGCUACAAGUACUCCGACAAGGGCAUCCACUUCAACCUCUACAACGACGACGCCACCGCCUACAAGGCCCCCGGCCCUGAGGUCUGGACCGGCGGUGCUGGCUCCGGCAGCGGCUCUUCCCCCGCUCCCCCCACCACCACCAAGGCUCCCGCCGCCUCCUCUGCUGCUGCCGCCCCUACCACCCUCGCCACCCAGGUCAGCUCUGCUGCCCCCGUCGUCAGCUCUCCCGCUGCCGCCCCCUCUGCUCCCGCUGCCGCCAGCUCCAGCGCUGCUGCCGCUCCCAUUGCCACCCCUACCAAGACCCCCGGCUCUACCUGCAAGCGCCGCCGCGCUGCCCGCAAGGCUCGCCGCUCUGCUCACUAA